CUGCGGACUACAAACAUGGCGCCGCGCGCCGCGCUGCCUGCUGGGAUCGCCCGUAGUCCUGCCUCGGCCCUGCUGCCCUCCGGCCGCACGGAGCGGGGCCCGGGCGCCGCCUACAGAUCCCAGCGUGCCCCGCGCGCGUCCUUGGCGCUGCCGCCGCUCGGGGGAGACAUGUCGGGUCCCCGGGACCCCGAGGAGGGGGAGGCGGCGUCCCGGGGUCCCCGCCGCCUCCGUGACGUCAACGGGGGUCAGGCCCAGGCCCCCGUGACCCCCGCCGAGGUGCUCGUGAGCUUCACGCGGGAGGAGUGGGCGCUGCUCGGCCCCGCGCAGAGGCGGCUCUACAGGGAGGUGACGCAGGAGACGCGCCGGCUCCUGGCUGCCGUGGGCCUCGGCGAGGAAGACGGGGACGGCGUCGGGGCGCGUCGUCGGGGGCCGCGAGGGCCCGCGAGGCGUGGGAACCGCCGACGCGGAGCCACGGAAGAGGGCCACGGAGCCACGGGCGGGGGCCACGGCCGCGAGCACAAGGGGAAACGUGGCGCCACGGGCGAGGGCCACGGAGCCACGGGCGAGGGCCACGGAGCCACGGAAGGGGGCCACGGCACCACGGAAGGGGGCCACGGCGCCACGGGCAAGAGCCACGGCCGCAAGCACAAAAGGAAGCGUGGCGCCACGGACGGGGGCCACGGCGCCACUAGAAGCCACACGUGCGACCAGUGCGGCCAGGCCUUCACGCUGAGGACCAACCUCCUGCGCCACCAGAGGGCCCACACGGGGCAGAGGCCCCACGCGUGCUCCGAGUGCGGGAAAACGUUCGCGCGCGCCGCCCACCUCCGGGUCCACGCGCGGACGCACACGGGCGAGCGGCCCCACGCGUGCGACGGCUGCGAGCGGACCUUCGCGGGCCGCACGGACCUCCUGCGCCACCGGAGGACGCACACGGGCGAGCGGCCCCACGCGUGCUCCGAGUGCGGGAAGGCGUGCGCACGCUCGAGCGGCCUCCGGGUCCACGAGAGGACGCACACGGGCGAGAAGCCGUACGCCUGCGCCGAGUGCGGCCGCGCCUUCACGCGGAGCGUCCACCUCCUCGUCCACGCGCGGAUGCACACGGGCGAGAGGCCCCACGCGUGCGACGGCUGCGACCGCGCCUUCCCGCAGCGCCGUCACCUCCUGAGACACCGGAGCGGCGAGUGCGGGACGGCCUCGAGGACGCGGCCCAUGCCGGCGCGGCCCGUCACUCGGUGAUCGCCUCCCGUGGCCUCUGUGGUCCCCGUGGACUCCGUGGACCGUGGCCUCAGGGGUCUCCGUGGACCGUGGCCUCAGGGGUCUCCGUGGACCGUGGCCUCAGGGGUCUCCGUGGACCGUGGCCUCUGGGGUCUCCGUGGACCGUGGCCUCUGGGGUCUCCGUGGACCGUGGACUUUGUGCACCGUGAUCUCUGUGGUCCCCGUGGACCAUGGACCCCCUGGACCGUGGCCUCUGUGGUCUCCGUGGACCUUGGACCUCUUGGACCGUGGCCUUCGUAAUCUCUGUGGACCGUGGCCUCUGGGGUCUCCGUGGACCAUGGCCUCAGGGUGUCCUAGGACCGUGGCCUCAGGGUCUCCGUGGACCGUGGCCUCUGGGGUCUCCAUCGACUGUGGCCUCUGGGGUCUCCGUGGACCAUGGCCUCAGGAUCUCUGUGGACUGUGACCUCUGAUCUCCAUGGAUCAUGUCCUCCGUGGACCAUGGACCGUGGCCUCAGGGUCUCCAUAGACCAUGGCCUCUGGGGUCUCUGUGGACCGUGGCCUCAGGGUCUUCUAGGACCGUGGACCGUGGCCUCUGGGGUCUCCAUAGACUCCGUGGACCGCUGUGGAACAUAGACUCCGUGGACCGUGGCCUCUGUGGACCAUAAACUCUGUGGACCGUGGCCUUUGUGGUCUCUGUGGUUUCCAUGGACCGUGGCAUCUGGGGUCUCCGUGGACCGUGGCCUUAGGGUCUUCUAGGACCGUGGACUGUGGCCUCUGGGGUCUCCAUGGACCGUGGCCUUAGGGUCUUCUAGGACCGUGGAUUGUGGCCUCUGGGGUCUCCAUGGACCAUGGCCUCUGGGGUCGCCAUCAACUGUGGCCUCUGUGGGCUCCGUGGACCGUGGACCAUGGCCUCUGUGGUCUCCGUGGACUGUGACCUCUGGAGUCUCCAUGGACCGUGGCUUUAGGGUCUCCAUGGACCGUGGCCUCUGUGGCCUCUCUAGUCUCUGUGGACCAUGGCCUCUGUGGCCUCUGUGGUUUCCGUGGACCGUGGCCUUGGGGUCUCUGUGGACCAUAGACUCUGUGGACCGUGUUCUCUGUGGUCUCUGUGCCGUGGCAUCUGGGGUCUCCAGAGACUCCAUGGACCGUGGCCUCUGUGGCCCCUGGGGUCUCCUAGGACCAUGGACCGUGGCCUCUGGGGUCUCUGUGGACCAUGACCGUGGCCUCUGGGGUCUCCGUGGACCGUGGCCGUGGCCUCUGGGGUCUCUGUGGACCGUGGCCGUGGCCUCUGGGGUCUCCGUGGACCGUGGCCUCUGGGGUCUCCCUGGACCGUGGCCUCUGGGAUCUCCGUGGACCAUGGCCUCUGGGGUCUCCCUGGACCGUGGCCUCUGGGGUCUCAGUGGACCGUGGCCUUAGGGUCCUCUAGUACCGUGGACCAUGGCUUCUGGGGUUUUCGUGGACCAUGGCUUCUGGGGUUUUCGUGGACCGUGGCCUCUGCUGUCUCCAUGGACCGUGACCUCUGUGGUCUCUGUUGUUUCCAUGGACCGUGGCCUCUGGGGUCUCCUAGGACCGUGGACCGUGGCCUCUCCGUGGACCAUGGCCUCAGGGUCUCCGUGGACCGUGGCCUCAGGGUCUCCGUGGACCAUGGCCUCAGGGUCUCCGUGGACCGUGGCCUCAGGGUCUCCGUGGACGGUGGCCUCAGGGUCUCCGUGGACCGUGGCCUCAGGGUCUCCGUGGACGGUGGCCUCAGGGUCUCCGUGGACCGUGGCCUCAGGGUCUCCGUGGACGGUGGCCUCAGGGUCUCUGUGGACCGUGGCCUCUGCCAUCUCCAGUCCACGGGGUCCAGCACGACUCACCCUCCAGGUCAACCCAAUGACAAAAUCAUUGUCGUCCUGGCACCACGGGUCGACGAGGCCACGUGACACCCGUGGGAGCCGAACCGCGACCCCCGCCCACCUGCCGUGCCGGAGAGUCGCCGAGGCCCCGAGCUUGACCGUCGGGGACCCCCGCGCCAUUUUGCCACUAAAAAUAAAAUAAUCACCUAAAUCCACCGGGACCCAGGGACGUGGGGUCAGUUCACGUGGCUGAGGAAGUCACGCGAGGCAAAAACGUGGGCUUUACGGUCCGACCGGCCGCGUCCACGGGACCCUUGAGGGAGGAGUCGCCGGGGUCCGGGACGGUCGUUACGGCUGGCAGCCGCGUACCCGCCGCUCUGAUGUUCUGAUCUCGGCGGAGAUGGCCUUCGCCGUGGCCUUGACUGUGGCCCUUCGCCGUGGCUCUCAAUGUUCCCUUCACCACGACCCUCGCCGUGGCCCUUCCCCGUGGCCUUCUCCAUGUAGCUUUGCUGUGACCUUGACCGUGGCCCUUCCCUGUGGCCCUUCCCCGUGGACCUUUGCCGUGGUCUUCAUCGUGGCCCUUCCCCGUGGACCUUUGCUGUGGCCCUUCACCAUGGCCUUGGCUGUGGCCCUUCCUCGUGGCCCUUCGCUGUGGAUCUUCCCUGUGGCCCUUUGCCAUGGCGCUUCGCUGUGACCUUCCCUGUGGCCUUCGCCGUGGCCCUUCCCUGUCGCCCUUUGCAGUGGCGCUUUGCCGUGGCCUUGACUGUGGAUCUUCCCUGUGGCCCUUUGCCAUGUUGCUUUGCUGUGACCUUCACCGUGGCCUUUGCCGUGGCCCUUCCCCGUGGCCCUUCUCCGUGGGCCUUCCCUGUGUCCCUUUGCCGUGUCGCUUUGCUGUGACAUUCACUGUGGCCCUUCGCCAUGGCCCUUCCGUGUGGCGCUUCGCUGUGACCGUCACCAUGGCCCUUCGCCGUGGCCUUGAUCGUGGACCUUCCCCGUGGCGCUUCGCUGUGACCCUUCGCCGUGGCCUUCAUCGUGGCCCUUCGCCGUGGCCUUGACUGUGGCCCUUUGCUGUGACGCUUCGCUGUGACCUUCACCGUGGCGGUUCACCAUGGCCCUUCCCCGUGGCCCUCUGCUGUGGCCCUUCCCCGUGGCCUUGACCGUGGCCCUUCCCCGUGACCCUUCGCCAUGGCCCUCGCCGGGGAGGAGUCCACGGGGACACGGGACACCAGCUGGAUUCCGACGCGGCCGUCACGCUCAGGCGGACGCUGCCGCCCCUCUGAGGGGCCCGGAAGGAAACCCCGCGGACACGUGGACUGGAAGGGAACCACGUGGAAACGUGGACACGUGCACGGGAGGAAACCCCGUGGACAUGUGUACCAAAAGGAAACCACGCAGACAUGUGGACACGUGCACGGGGAGGAAACCCCGCAGACACGUGGACACGUGGACACGUGGACGGGGAGGAAACCACGCGGACAUGUGGACCAAAAGGAAACCCCGCAGACACGUGGAUACGUGGACACGUGGACGGGGAGGAAACCCCGCGGACACGUGGACAUGUGGACACAUGGAUGGGGAGGAAACCACGCAGACACGUAGACACGUGGACGGGGAGGAAACCACGCGGACACGUGACACAGAAGGAAACCCCACAGACACGUGGACACAUGGACACGUGGACGGGGGGAAACCACGUGGACACGUGACACAGAAGGAAACCCCACAGACACGAUGACACAUGGACACAUGGAUGGGGAGGAAACCACGCGGACACGUGACACAGAAGGAAACCCCACAGACACGUGGACACAUGGACACAUGGAUGGGGAGGAAACCACGCAGACACGUAGACACGUGGACGAGGAGGAAACCACGCGGACACGUGACACAGAAGGAAACCCCACAGACACGUGGACACAUGGACACGUGGACGGGGGGGAACCACGUGGACACGUGACACAGAAGGAAACCCCACAGACACGUUGACACAUGGACACAUGGAUGGGGAGGAAACCACGCAGACACGUGGACACGUGGACGGGGAGGAAACCCCGCAGACACGUGGACACGUGCACGGGGAGGAAACCCCACAGACACGUGGACACGUGCACGGGGAGGAAACCCCGCAGACACGUGGACACGUGCACGGGGAGGAAACCCCGCAGACACGUGGACACGUGGACACGUGGACGGGGAGGAAACCACGCGGACACGUGGACCAAAAGGAAACCCCGCAGACACGUGGAUACGUGGACACGUGGACGGGGAGGAAACCCCGCGGACACGUGGACAUGUGGACACAUGGAUGGGGAGGAAACCACGCAGACACGUAGACACGUGGACGGGGAGGAAACCACGCGGACACGUGACACAGAAGGAAACCCCACAGACACGUGGACACGUGCACGGGGAGGAAACCCCACAGACACGUGGACACGUGCACGGGGAGGAAACCCCGCAGACAUGUGGACACGUGGACACGUGGACGGGGAGGAAACCACGCGGACACGUGGACCAAAAGGAAACCCUGCAGACACGUGGACACGUGGACACGUGGACGGGGAGGAAACCCCGCAGACACCUGGAAACGUGGACGGGGAGGAAACAACGUGGACACGUGACACAGAAGGAAACCCCACAGACACGUGGACACAUGGACACAUGGAUGGGGAGGAAACCCCGCAGACACGUGGACACGUGGACGGGGAGGAAACCACGCGGACACGUGGACCAAAAGGAAACCCCGCAGACACCUGGAUACGUGGACACGUGGACGGGGAGGAAACCACGCGGACACGUGACACAGAAGGAAACCCCACAGACACGUGGACACAUGGACACGUGGACGGGGGGGAACCACGUGGAUACGUGACACAGAAGGAAACCCCACAGACACGAUGACACAUGGACACAUGGAUGGGGAGGAAACCAUGCAGACACGUGGACACGUGGACGGGGAGGAAACCACGCGGACACGUGACACAGAAGGAAACCCCACAGACACGUGGACACGUGCACGGGGAGGAAACCCCGCAGACACGUGGACACGUGGACACAUGGACGGGGAGGAAACCACGCAGACACGUGGACACGUGGACGGGGAGGAAACCAUGCAGACACGUGGACACGUGGACGGGGAGGAAACCACGCAGACACGUGGACACGUGGACGGGGAGGAAACCACACAGACACGUGGACACAUGGACACAUGGACGGGGAGGAAACCACGCAGACACGUGGACACGUGGACGGGGAGGAAACCAUGCAGACACGUGGACACGUGGACGGGGAGGAAACCACGCAGACACGUGGACACGUGGACGGGGAGGAAACCACGCAGACACAUGGACACGUGGACGGGGAGGAAACCAUGCAGACACGUGGACACGUGGACACAUGGACCAGAAGUUCCGGAUUAUUAUUAUUAUUAUUAAUUAUUGUUGGCGAAACAAUUGGCCCAUGGGGAAAUGUCUGGAUGAUGAUGAGGAUUAUUGUUGUUAUUAUUAUUGUUGUUGUUGUUGUUAUUAUUAAGAUUAUUAUUAUUAAUUAUUAUUGGCAAAACAAUCGGCCCGUGAGGAAGAGUCCGGAGUAUCAUUAUC